AUGGGAUUACUUGGCGGAUCAGAAAGUGUCGUGGACCCUGCAGCUCGGGACAAGUAUCUCCUCCAAGUAACCGCCGGCCCAUCAUACGAUCCAAACACGCACUCUCAGGUAUCCGUCAACAGCCCAGAAGUCCACAGAGUCGACAACAGCCUCGCAACGUCGUACCUUCGCGUGCGCAUAAAAGACUACCACGGCCUUCCCAAAGAUGCGCCCAAGAACUGCUCCUACUUCAACCACCCCCUCCACACGUCGGAUCGAUACUCUGUGGCAUGGUCUUUCGUCCCCAAGCAGGACAUCUCUGGCACCGACUUGAUCAUGGGAUUUGACUUUAGCCACCCUGUGCGCGACCGCUUGCCGCCGGGGACUAAAACAGCGGUCAAGAUCGCGACCAACGUGCUGGACCCAGGGCUGUAUGCCGACCCGUACAGCGACGAGCCGUAUCUGUACGGGCCGGCGUUGAGCAGUAUGUUUACCUUUCGGGUUGGCGGGACGGUGGAGGAAGUUGGUGCCGAAGAGCAGUUGAAGCGGUUGGAGGGUGAAAACGACGGCGUGGUGGAAGAGGGCGCCACUCUGUCCGGUGAGCCUGUUCGUGAAGGCCAAAGGAUACCGGGUUCUUGGAAAGCGCGGAGGAAGUUCUUCCUUGACCAGUCGCAGUUGGAGAAGUUCACGUUUGAGAAGGGGAGGAUGUACCACGCCGACUUCUUCAACCCGCAUCUGGACUUUAGCAGUUUCAGUCUCCGGUUGCCGGGGUUUUCGAUCAGUGUCGCCAAGUACGUGGACGAGAAGACGCAUCACCUACGGUUUGUGCUGAAGAGCAGAGAGAGCGGGGAGGUGGUGUUUGUUGUGUUUUUCAAGUUGCUGUUUGGAAAGCAGCUCGAGGAGACGCUGGCGGACAGGCAGAAGAGCAGCACAACAGAAACGUCUCAAAGUCCCGAAGCAAAGCAAGACCAAGGCACAGACGAACCCAGGCAGAAGAGCACGCAGCGAGAGAUUCUGGGGGGAAACCAAGCGCCAUCAUUCCAGGAGCCCAAAGGCUUCGCAGCCCCCAAAUCCUUCACGCGAGACAACGAGAGCAACUACACUCUGAAUUCAGCAGCGAACACCCUAGCCCAGUCGAUUUCUUCCGUGUUCGGCGCCAUGGGCUUUAGCAACCCGUCCGAUUCUGAGAGCGAAAACGCACCUCCCGCGAGCAGGUCGCACGCAGCACCGCUGGACAGCCUGGACGACAAGACGGUCGAGACCCACCUGCGGGACCAACAUGGGAGUAGCCGUCAAUGA